AUGAGGCAGGGGCUGCUGGUGCUGGUGCUGGUGCUGGCUGCAGGGUCCCAGGUGCAGGACUGGUACCCCAGGGAGUCCCACACCCUCAACUGGAGCAAGUUUUCAGGGUUCUGGUACAUUCUGGCCACGGCCACAGACGCCCAGGGAUUCUUGCCGGCCAGGGACAAGAGGAAGCUGGGGGCGUCCUUGAUAAAAGUGAACAAAGUAGGCCAGCUCCGUGUGCUCCUUGCCUUCAGCCGGGGUCAGGGCUCUGGGUGGGCACAGCCACACCAUCCAGGAACCAGCGGGCAUCUCUGGGCGUCUCUUUCAGUGAAAGGGGUGAAGGCCUUCCACGUGCUGUCCACUGACUACAGCUACGGUCUGGUCUACCUCCGCCUGGGGCGCGCAGCCCAAAACUACAAGAACCUGCUGCUCUUCCAUAGACAGAACGUUUCGAGCUUCCAGAGUCUGAAGGAAUUCAUGGACGCGUGUGAAAUUCUGGGGCUCUCCAAGGCCGCCGUCAUCCUCCCGAAAGACGCUUCCUGUGCACACACCAUCCUGCCAUGA